AUGCCACCAAAACAAGACUGGGAAAAGUAUAAGACUCCAAUUGACGAGGAAUCCAGUAAGGAGAAGAAGGAGGAGCAAAUUGCGCCUUUGACAGAAGGUGAUAUUCAAGUUCUGAAGACCUAUGGUGCUGCUCCUUAUGCAGACAAGUUGAAGGUUACAGAGGAGGAUUUGAAGAAGAUAGAAGCUAGAAUCAAGGAGAAAGCAGGCGUUAAAGAGAGUGAUACAGGUUUAGCGCCCUCACAUAUGUGGGAUGUCAUGGGUGAUAGACAGAGACUGAGUGAAGAACAUCCUUUGCAGGUUGCACGUUGUACGAAGAUUAUUAAAAGCAGUUCUGAAGAAGGAGCCGAGGGAAAUGAAGACGAAGAUGAUGCCAAAUACGUUAUCAACCUGAAGCAGAUAGCCAAGUUCGUUGUGGGGCUUGGUGAACGUGUUUCACCAACUGAUAUCGAAGAAGGUAUGAGAGUUGGUGUUGACAGAUCUAAAUACCACAUUGAAUUGCCACUUCCACCAAGAAUUGAUCCGACUGUGACUAUGAUGACUGUGGAAGAGAAACCAGACGUCACUUACAGUGACGUUGGUGGUUGUAAAGAACAGAUUGAAAAGUUAAGGGAAGUUGUUGAAUUACCAUUGUUGUCUCCGGAAAGAUUUGCUACACUAGGUAUUGAUCCACCAAAGGGUAUACUGUUGUAUGGUCCUCCAGGUACCGGUAAGACAUUAUGUGCUCGUGCUGUUGCAAACAGAACAGACGCAACUUUUAUCAGAGUCAUUGGUUCCGAACUAGUACAGAAAUACGUGGGUGAGGGUGCACGUAUGGUCAGAGAACUGUUUGAAAUGGCACGUACGAAGAAGGCAUGUAUUAUUUUCUUUGAUGAAAUUGAUGCCAUUGGUGGUGCAAGAUUUGAUGAUGGUGCUGGUGGUGAUAACGAAGUGCAAAGAACGAUGUUGGAAUUAAUCACACAAUUAGACGGUUUCGACCCUCGUGGUAACAUCAAAGUUAUGUUCGCAACAAAUAGACCAAAUACAUUAGAUCCUGCAUUAUUAAGGCCUGGUAGAAUCGAUCGUAAAGUUGAAUUCUCUCUUCCGGACCUUGAAGGUAGAGCAAACAUUUUCCGUAUUCACUCUAAAGCUAUGAGUGUAGAACGUAAUAUCAGAUGGGAAUUGAUAUCAAGACUUUGUCCAAACUCUACCGGUGCCGAAUUAAGAUCUGUCUGCACAGAAGCUGGUAUGUUCGCCAUCAGAGCAAGAAGAAAAGUUGCUACCGAAAAGGAUUUCCUCAAAGCCGUCGACAAAGUUAUCAAUGGUUACAAGAAGUUCAGUUCCACAUCUCGUUACAUGCAAUAUAACUGA